CGCCCGGACUACUUUAUUGGGAGGUUAAGUCAUCGUGAAAAAGCUCAACGAUUUCAUUCAUCCACGAAUUACCCUCCAACUCAGACGGUGGAGAGACUCGCCCUGCUGUCGAUUCCUCAAAUGUCAAGGAACAAUAACUGAAUAAAUCUCCCCGCAAUGUCUGAAAACGCGAGUAGUUCCACCACCACAGCCUCCGAGGUCUGCCCUAUGCGUCAGUGCUACGAGAACUACAUUCUGAUAGACGUGGGUGCGAACCUGACAAACAAGAAAUACAGCCGCGACCUGGACUCUGUGAUCCAACGAGCGAAGGACUCUGGAGUCCAGAAGAUAAUGGUGACAGGGGCGAGCAUAAGAUCGAGUAAAGAAGCCCUCCGACUCACCAGGAUCUACCCAGGGACCCUCUACUCAACAGCUGGAGUGCACCCCCACGACGCGAAAUCCUGGGAGGACGGCGAGACCCUGGAGGAGCUGGAGAGCAUAGCGAAUAACCCUGAGUGCGUGGCGAUAGGCGAGUGCGGACUGGAUUACAACCGAGACUUUUCAGACCCCGAGACCCAGAGAUCAGUCUUUCACAAGCAGAUAGAGCUAGCCUGCAGGCUGAACAAACCCCUGGUGAUUCAUGAGAGAGGAGCGCAGAAGGAUGUCCUCGAGGUGCUGUCCCAUUACAAAAAUCGUCUCCCUCCAGUGAUGAUUCACUCGUUCAUUGGGAGUGCCGAUGAGGCGCGACUGUACCUCGACGAGGGCUUCUACCUGGGGAUCACUGGGUACCUCUGCAAGGACAAGUCAGACAGUGGAGUGAGGCAGAUCCUCGAGGGUGGCAGCAUAUCUCUGGAUAAAAUUCUGGUGGAGACUGACGCCCCAUUCAUGUAUCCCAACACGAGGGCCAGUAAACUUCCGGUUCACGUCAAGGACGGCCUCACCGAGCGAUCCAUGACAUUUUUGCAUCGGUACUGCACGUUCCAGAGGAAUGAGCCGUGUGCACUGCCUGCUGUUGUCGAGAUGGUGGCUGCUUUCAUGAGGAAAUCACCGGAGGAAGUCGCUCUCGCCACUGCAUUCAAUGCACUCAAGGUCUUUGGAUUGAGCCAAUGAUUUGUUUGAGACUCGUAACGGGGGUAAUUGCUUCAAGAGGAUUGGAUUUGCCGAUGGCAGUGGCUUUUGCUCAGUGUGGUGCUGAUUUUGAGAUGGUGCUCCUACCAGGCAGCUGCUGGGGGGUCUUUCGAUCGAACGCCGAACGAUUUUUACGAUUUUCAUUAUUACUUUUAUGUGAAAAAGUCUGGAGAUUUUAUUUUACGUUAGACUUUAGUUUAGAGUUGAGGAGGGACUCCUCGUGCUUGAGAAUACUCAUUGAAUUUUUUUUAAUCUCCAAGUUAUUGCUGUCUGGAGGUGAUGAUAACGUAAUUUUAUUGUUGAGAAUAACUAUUUUCGUAUAAUAAAAAUGUUAAGCAAUAAAAUGGCUCUUAAUUGAUUCUUCCAAAGACGUU